AUGUGGAAAGUCUACAGACAACCCAUAGAAACCUGGCUGGUAAUCCGAAUCCAACGCAGCAUCGACAAGCUUCAGCCGACGCUCCCGGCGCCGUUCUCCCGGGUGGAAAUCGCGGUGUUUACUCUGGACUACGAGCCGUUUGCUGUAAGAGCCGUGCAGCAGCGGCCGAGCAGGAAGGCGGACGACUUGCAGUACCAUGUGGGGGUGCGGUAUACCGGGGACGCGCAUUGUAUGAUAAGGCUGCAUUUGGAGGUGGGGGGUUUGAAGUGGUCCGUGCCGGUGGACGUGCAUGACUUGGACGUGGAUGCUGAGGUGUGGGUGAAGCUACGGCUGACGCCCAAAAAGCCGUUUGUUGCCAGCCUGUCACUCGCGUUCGUGCGCCUCCCAACUAUCAAGCUUGUGCUCGCGCCCUUCCAUGUUCUCAACGUCGUCGGCAUCCCAUUCCUCUCUAAGCUUUUAACGGAGGACCUCCCGCGGCUUCUCGUGCUGCCGCGCCACAUCAGCCUGGACUUCCUGCCACCUGGCAUGGACGCUGACGAGGACACGGACGCGGGGACUGACGUGGGCGCUGACGUGGCUGCUGACGUGGCUGCUGGCAUGCGUGCUGACGUGGCUGGUGACGUGGCGCAGUGGCGCACGGAAGCGGCAGCGUCUGCUGUGGGGGACACCUCAGACGCCUUCAAGGGCGAGCUCUCAGUCACGCUCUGUGAGGCCCGCAACCUCCCCACCUCGCCGCUCUCCCUCCUCUCCCUCCCCACCUCCCCUCCCUCUCCCCACACCCCUCCUUCCUCCAGCCUUUCCUCUUCUCCCACCAAACCUCCUUCUUCUUCUUCCCGUCCAAGAAACAACCCCUUGGCGAUUCUUAGCCGGCCGCUGUCUCUCCUGAGUGACCCGUACUGCCGGCUGGUGUUUGGGGGGGCGGUGGUGGAGAGCAAGAGGAACAGGCAGACGUCGCAUGCGGCAAGCCCCGGGGACCCGGUGUGGAAUCAGGACUUCCUGUUCUGCGUGGAGAGCCCGAGAAGGCAGAAGCUGACCGUGGUGGUGCGGGACUCGGCGCUGUUUCAACGUGACUUGGGCUUCGUGCAGGUGGGUGAGUCAGUGCCAGCAGACUCUCUUAGGUCUAGUCUCACUCACUAG